AUGUCCACCGAGCAGUUUAGCAUCCUCGAGCAUGUCGUUCCUGCAUGUCAUAUCCGCGAAUAUGCAGGUAGUACUGUGGACCAGGAAGACACUCUGGACUUACACGUCAAGCAAUAUACCCCCCGCACCCCAACGGAGUCCGCUACUGCCGAUGCAAUCACCAUCAUUGCUGCCCACGGCGUGGCUUUAGCAAAGGAGCUGUAUGAACCGUUAUGGGACGAGCUUCUGCUGAAGAGUCGGUCGCGUGGAGUCAAUAUCCGGGGUAUUUGGAUUGCAGACUUCAGCAGUAUGGGUAGGAGCGGCGUUCUCAACGAGACGAAGCUUAGCAUGGAUUGCUCCUGGAUGGACCACGCGCGUGACCUUCUCCUCUUGGUGAAUUACUUCCGUAGCCAGAUGGUCCGUCCACUCGUCGGCAUCGGGCACAGUUUCGGUGGCACGAUCAUGUACAUGCUUCCCCUUGCCCCUCGCUUCGUAUAUUCACUAAGACCGUCCAGCGCUAACCUGGCCUACAUCCACCCUCGCCUUUUCACCACCGUUAUUCUCCUCGACCCCGUCAUCCAACUCACCCCGCCCACCAUGGGCUUCGGCACCGACCCUCCCGGCGCAAUCAACUACACCCUCUGGCGGGAUGACAUCUGGCCCACCCGCACUGCAGCCUACAACGCCCAUCGCAAACUACUCAAGAACUGGGACCCUCGCUGCGUCCACCUCAUGCUCCAGUACGGCUUUCGCGAGCUCCCCACUCUACUCCACCCGACUCGUCCGCCAUCGACAAGCAUCACCGAUUCAGAUAUUAAGCAACAGGAUACUGACACUGAUGACACUCCGGUCACGCUCACAACGACAAAGCAACACGACCUCCUCGGCCAAAUACGGGAGAAUUUCUCGUCCCGAGACCCAGACGACCGAGUCUCCAUUAACCGCGCUACCCAUGCCGAUAUGGACCCAUUAGCGGCAUUUAUCCCCCUGUAUCGUCCUGAGCCCCGGAGCACCUUCUACCGGCUUCCCAGCCUUCGCCCGUCUUGUCUUUGGGUGUUGGGCGGUGGGACAUUUCUAAGGCUCGAUGAGAUCCGUGAAGGCAUCAAGGUUUGCGGUGCCGGUGUUGGAGGUAGUGGUGGAGUGGGUGAGGGAUGUGUGAAAGAGAUUCUGUUGCCCAAGGCCGGGCAUUUAUUUCCGUUCGAGAAUGUCAGUGGGGCGGCGGAAGCGUGUGCCACUUGGCUGGAGGAUAGAAUUGGAGCAUGGAGGGUUAUGGAGAGGGAAUGGCAAGAGAAGAGACAGGCGAUGGAAAAGAAAGGUCAUCUGGUUCUAUCAGAAGAGUGGUACAAGCACGUGAGGCCAAUUUCUGGGGGAAAAAACAAGCUUUAG